CAAAGUUUGUGUUUGGAGCGAUAGUGGAGAGUGGGCUUAUUGCGAAGGGAUUUUCUUGGGAUGAGAGCUGAUCUCCUGCCUUCAUUUUGGAUGCGCGCCCUGCUUUAACCCCCCCUCACCCCCGCAGCCUUCAGCCAGAUCCCUGGACAGCCUGUCUCUCCCGGCAGUUCUCAGACUUCCGAGGACACCGGACGGGAGCCCUUGGCAGUUCUCCCUCAGGCAGAGCAGAGAACGUUUUUCCUAAGUGCAUAAGCUUCACGCACACGCGCACACACGCACACACGCGCACACACCCCGCGGAGCCGGACCUUAGCCUCCGAGGCGGCUCUGCCCGCUCCCCUCCUGCCCUCAGCAUCCUCGGCCCAGCGUCCCUCGGACCAGCAUGGAGGUGCUGGAGAGCGGGGAGCAGAGCGUCCUGCAGUGGGACCGCAAGCUGAGCGAGCUGUCAGAGCCCGGGGAAACCGAGGCUCUUAUGUACCACACGCACUUCUCAGAACUCCUGGAUGAGUUUUCCCAGAACGUGUUGGGUCAGCUCCUGAAUGACCCUUUCCUCUCAGAGAAGAGCGUGUCGAUGGAGGUGGAGCCAUCCCCAACAUCCCCGGCGCCUCUCAUCCAGGCCGAGCACAGCUACUCCCUGUGUGAGGAGCCUCGGGCCCAGUCACCAUUCACCCACGUUACCACCGGUGACAGCGUCCAUGACGAUGAAGUGGAAAGUGAGAAAUGGUACCUGUCUACAGACUUUCCAUCAACAACCAUCAAGACAGAGCCAAUUACAGAGGAGCCACCCCCAGGACUUGUUCCCUCUGUCACUCUGACCAUCACUGCCAUCUCCACCCCUUUUGAGAAGGAGGAACCCCCCCUGGAAAUGAAUACUGGGGUUGAUUCCUUGUGCCAGACCGUUAUUCCUAAAAUUAAGCUGGAGCCUCAUGAAGUGGAUCAGUUCCUCAACUUCUCUCCUAAAGAAGCCUCCGUGGAACACUUGCACUUACCUCCCACCCCUCCCAGCAGCCACAGCAGUGACUCAGAGGGCAGCCUGAGCCCCAACCCGCGCCUGCACCCCUUCGGCCUGCCUCAGACCCACAGCCCCGCCAGAGCCGUGGCCCGGGCCCCCUCGGCCCUGUCCAGCUCUCCUCUCCUCACGGCGCCUCACAAACUUCAAGGAUCAGGCCCACUGGUCCUGACAGAAGAGGAGAAGAGGACCCUGAUCGCCGAGGGCUAUCCCAUCCCCACCAAAUUGCCUCUAACAAAAUCAGAGGAGAAGGCUCUGAAGAAAAUUCGGAGGAAAAUCAAGAACAAGAUUUCUGCCCAGGAAAGUAGGAGAAAGAAGAAAGAAUACAUGGACAGCUUGGAGAAAAAGGUGGAGUCUUGUUCAACUGAGAACUUGGAGCUUCGGAAGAAGGUAGAGGUUCUGGAGAACACCAACAGAACUCUCCUGCAGCAACUGCAGAAGCUUCAGACUUUGGUGAUGGGCAAGGUUUCACGCACCUGCAAGUUGGCGGGCACGCAGACUGGCACAUGCCUCAUGGUGGUUGUGCUAUGCUUUGCUGUUGCAUUUGGCAGCUUUCAGGGCUACGGGCCCUAUCCUUCUGCCACCAAGAUGGCUCUGCCCAGCCAGCAUUCUGUGCAGGAGCCGUAUACAGCCUCUGUCGUGAGAUCCAGGAAUCUGCUGAUCUACGAGGAACAUUCUCCCCUGGAGGAGCCGUCCAGCCCAGCCUCGGCUGGGGAGCUUGGGCAUUGGGACAGAGGGUCCUCUCUGCUCAGGGCAUCAGGGUUGGAGACCAGGCCUGAUGUGGAUCUUCCCCAUUUCAUUAUCUCCAAUGAGACCAGCCUGGAGAAAUCAGUGCUGUUGGAGCUACAGCAGCACUUGGUCGGCGCCCAACUGGAGGGGAAUGAGACACUAAAAGUUGUAGAACUCGACAGAAGAGUGAACGCCACCUUCUAAAGAGGCUGUCUCCACCUCCCUCUUUCUCUUCACUCUGCUUUCCUGUCCCCAAACCACCUCUGUCAUGAGCUUUUUCCUUUUUGCCUUUGAUCUGGACGAAGACACGGGCGAGCAGUCGUGGCUUUGGUUGGGAGGACAGCCUGGGAUUUCCGCCUGCGGUGAGAGAGCACCUUCCCCUCCAUUCCAUGCCCCCCUGAAGAGGGGAGCCCGGCAUCCCUCCCCCACUCCUGUUUACUGCCAUAGGAAAUUAUUUUAGGAUCGCGGCUGGGACAAGCAGGCUUGUGUCUACCAAUAGUGCCAAAAAGAUACUGCCUGAUUUUCA